GAAACGCAUACCGGCACACAUACACACAUACACACUGCAGCUUGCGUUCUGUGAAAAGCUAGCUACAUGUUUCCUGAAUUUUCUGCUGUAUGGGGUAAAGGCAUUUGCAAGAGGCAGAUUCCCUUUGCUUUGAAAAUGACAUUGAGCUCGUCGAGAUUGCGGAUGAAAGUUUACCAAGAAACCCACACCCAUGUGAAAAGAGACCAGCUGCUAGUUCUGGACAUGACUUGCCGAUUGUUUUAGGAGACCACACAAAACUAUGCUGAGGAGGAGGAAAUGGAGCUAGUGAACCGAAGCAGUUUCUGGAAUUGUGAAUGAAACAUGAUGUUAAGUGGGUAUUGCCAAAUUACUUACUGAGCAUCAGAUAGAAACUAGCGACAAUGAAGGUCGACAGAAGCAAGUUAAAGAAAACCCCAACAGAAGCUCCUGCGGACUGCAGGACGCUCAUAGAGAAGCUCAAGGGAUGCAGCGACGAGCAACUACUGCUGGAGCUGCAGCACAUCAAGACCUGGAAUAUUGGCAAGUGUGAGCUUUACCAUUGGGUUGACCUGCUGGACCGUUUUGAUGGGAUCCUGUGUGAUGCGGGCCAGACGGUGGAGAACAUGUCGUGGUUGCUGGUCUGUGACCGGCCGGACAACGGGCAGCUCAAAGCCUUACUGCUGGCCGUGCUCAACUUCACAGCCCUGCUCAUUGAGUACAGCUUCUCCAGGCACCUCUACAGCUCCAUAGAGCACUUGACCACCCUGUUAGCAUCAUGUGACAUGCAGGUUGUUCUGUCUGUGCUGAACCUCCUCUACGUGUUCAGUAAACGCUCCAACUACAUCACCAGACUGGGCUCUGACAAGAGGACCCCUCUGCUGGCACGCCUACAACAUCUGGCUGAGAGCUGGGGAGGAAAAGAGAAUGGCUUCGGUCUGGCAGAGUGCUGCAGGGACCUGGCUAUGACGAAGUACCCUCCCAGUGCCACCACACUGCACUUUGAGUUCUAUGCUGAACCUGGCCCCGAGGUCAAAGUGGAGAGGAAGACCAGUAGUAACACACUACACUACAUUCACAUCGAACAGCUCGACAAGAUCUCUGAGAGUCCCAGUGAGAUCAUGGAGUCUCUGACGGUGAUGUACAACAUCCCUAAAGACAAGCAGACCCUGCUGUUCACGCACAUCAGACUGGCCCACGGCUUCUCCAACCACAAGAAGAGACUACAAGCUGUACAGGCCAGGCUCCACGCCAUAUCUAUCCUGGUGUACUCCAAUGCACUCCAGGAGUCUGCCAACAGUAUUCUCUACAACGGCUUGAUAGAGGAGCUGGUGGAUGUGCUACAGAUUACAGACAAACAGCUUGUGGACAUAAAGGCAGCGUCUUUACGCACCUUAACGUCCAUUGUGCACCUUGAGAGGACACCCAAGCUGUCCAACAUCAUCGACUGCACCGGCACAGCCUCUUACCACGGCUUCCUGCCUGUACUGGUGCGCAACUGCAUACAGGCCAUGAUCGACCCUCUGAUGGAGCCGUAUCCGCACCAGUUUGCCACGGCGCUGUUCUCCUUCCUCUACCACCUGGCUAGUUACGACGCUGGGGGGGAGGCCCUGGUCUCCUGUGGGAUGAUGGAAGCCCUGCUCAAGGUGAUCAAGUUCCUGGGGGACGAGCAGGACCAGAUCACGUUUGUGACGCGUGCGGUCCGAGUGGUGGACCUCAUCACCAAUCUGGACAUGGCAGCCUUCCAGUCACACACUGGCCUUACCAUCUUCAUCAGCAGGCUGGAGCAUGAGGUAGACCUGUCUAGGAAAGAGUGUCCUUUUGUCAUCAAGCCAAAGAUCCAGAGACCCAACUCCACCGUAGAAUCUGAGGACAUGGACACGGACAUGGACGGCCAGUCAGAAAGCAUGUCAGAAGAGAGGAUGGAGAGCAGCCCUGGUCCCUCAACUUCCUCUGGCUCCAGACCUGAGACCGAUCCCAGAGGACUCAGCAACACUUCCAGCACGCCCCGUACAGGCGUCCAGUGUAUUCCCCAGAGGGCCGCUCUGUUGAAGUCUAUGUUAAACUUUUUAAAGAAAGCAAUCCAGGACCCUGCCUUCUCUGAUGGCAUCCGCCACGUCAUGGACGGGUCCUUGCCUACCUCACUCAAGCACAUCAUCAGUAAUGCCGAGUACUAUGGACCUUCUCUCUUCCUACUGGCAACGGAGGUGGUGACAGUGUUUGUGUUCCAGGAGCCGUCUCUGCUCUCCUCCCUGCAGGAUAACGGUCUGACUGAUGUCAUGCUGCAUGCCCUGCUCAUCAAAGACUCUCUCUCUCUGCAGGUCCCGGCCACCCGGGAGGUGCUUGGUUCUCUCCCUAACGUGUUCAGUGCCCUGUGCCUGAACGCGCGAGGCCUGCACUCCUUCGUCCAAUGCCAGCCUUUUGAGCGCCUCUUCAAGGUGCUUCUGUCACCUGACUACCUGCCUGCCAUGAGACGACGCCGCAGCUCUGACCCUCUGGGAGACACGGCAUCCAACCUGGGCAGUGCUGUGGAUGAACUGAUGAGACACCAACCCACUCUGAAGACUGACGCCACUACUGCCAUCAUCAAGUUACUGGAGGAGAUCUGUAACCUGGGCCGAGCCCCGGAGUACAUCUGUCAGAAGCCCUCUAUCCAGAAGACUGAUGGCACCGUGACCGCGCCCCCGGCACGCUCUUCCCACGCCGCCGAGGAGGCCUCCAGCGAAGACGAGGAGGAGGAGGAGGCGCUCCAUACCUUCACCCAGCAGCAGGGGGAGCCAGAGAGCAACAGACAGUCAGUGCCAGUUGAACUGGUUGUUGGCACCGAAGAGAGGAUACCCAUUCCUCUGAUGGAUUACAUUCUCAAUGUGAUGAAGUUUGUGGAGUCCAUCCUGAGUAACAACACGACCGACGACCACUGUCAGGAGUUUGUCAACCAGAAGGGUCUCCUGCCCCUGGUCUCCAUCCUGGGUCUACCCAAUCUGCCCAUUGACUUCCCAACAUCAGCUGCCUGCCAGGCUGUAGCCGGGGUCUGCAAGUCCAUACUGACCCUGUCUCAUGAGCCCAAGGUGCUCCAGGAAGGGCUGUGUCAGCUGGACAGCAUCCUGUCGGCCCUCGAGCCGCUCCACCGCCCCAUCGAGGUCCCCGGGGGCUCUGUGCUCCUCCGAGAGCUCGCCACCGCUGGUCACGUGACCGACGCCACGCUGUCGGCCCGCGCCACGCCCCUGCUACACGCGCUCACCGCUGCGCACGCCUAUAUCCUGAUGUUCGUGCACACCUGCAGGGUAGGACAGAGUGAGAUCAGGGCCAUCAGUGUGAACCAAUGGGGCUCCCAGCUAGGUCUGAGUGUUCUCAAUAAGCUGAGCCAGCUCUACUGCUCUCUGGUCUGGGAGAGCACUGUGCUGCUAUCACUCUGCACACCCAACAGUCUCCCCCCAGGCUGUGAGUUUGGCCAGGCUGACAUGCAGAAGCUUGUUCCCAAGGAGGACAAGCCAUCUGGCAGCACCACAGCCACCGCCUCAGGAUCCAGGAGAGCUGCUGAUUCUGACACUGUUGCUUUGGACCCCCCUGCCACGGGUCUCCUGGAGGGGAUGGGGUUGGACGGGGACACACUAGCCCCCAUGGAGACUGACGAGCCGACCGCCGGCACCGCUGACCCCAAGACCAAGUCUAAACUGACUCCCGCCAUGGCCACACGCAUCAAACAGAUCAAACCACUGCUCUCCGCAUCGUCUCGCCUGGGCCGGGCUCUGGCUGAACUCUUUGGUCUACUGGUGAAGCUGUGUGUGGGCUCUCCAGUCCGCCAGCGCCGCUCUCACCAUGCCACCAGCACGGGAACUGCCCCCACCCCCGCCGCCAGGGCCACCGCCUCCUCUCUCACCAAGCUGCUUACCAAGGGCCUCAGCUGGCAGCCCCCGCCCUACACCCCCACCCCUCGCUUCAGGCUGACGUUCUUCAUCUGCUCGGUGGGCUUCACGUCCCCCAUGCUGUUCGAUGAGAGGAAGUACCCCUACCACCUCAUGCUGCAGAAGUUCUUCUGCUCCGGAGGACAUGAUGCGCUCUUUGAGACAUUUAACUGGGCUCUUACUAUGGGUGGUAAGGUGCCUGUCUCUGAGGGCUUGGAGCACACUGAGCUUCCUGACGGGACAGGGGAGUUUCUGGAUGCUUGGCUGAUGCUGGUGGAGAAGAUGGUGAAUCCCAGUACCGUGCUGGACUCACCCCACAGCCUGCCCGUCAAGGUCCCUGGGGUUACCCCCACCACCCCCCAAUUCAGCGCCCUGCGGUUCCUCAUCGUCACUCAGAAGGCGGCGUUUAACUGCAUCCGAAGCCUGUGGAACAGGAAACCCCUCAAAGUGUACGGGGGCCGCAUGGCUGAGUCCAUGUUGGCCAUACUCUGUCACAUCCUUCGUGGUGAACCAGUCAUCCAGGAGCGGCUGGCCAAGGAGAGGGAGGGCACGGCCCGGCCAGAGGAGGAGGGGGGCCCAGGGGCCACCACGGUGCCUGUAGGCCCCAGCUCUGGAGCUGGAGUUGGAGCUGUAGGAACCCCUGGAGCAGCAGUGACUGCAGCAGAGGUGCCAGCAGGUUCCGGGUCAGGACCGGCUACCGGAGGCAGUUCAGCACCACCUGCACCAGGUGAAGCAGCAGAGGACUCUAGUAACUCUACUCCCAGGAGAGAACCACAGGUUAACCAGGUUCCGUUACAGCAGGGGCAGGGAGGAGGCAGGGAGAGGCAGCCAAACGUCAACCAGCAGCAGCUACAGCAGCUGAUGGACAUGGGUUUCUCCAGAGAGCAUGCCAUGGAGGCCCUGGUGAACACCAGCACCAUGGAGCAGGCCACAGAGUACCUGCUCACACACCCUCCUCCUCUACUCAGCGGAGCCGUCAGGGACAUGACCAUGUCAGAAGAAGACCAGAUGAUGAGAGCCAUCGCCAUGUCUCUGGGACAAGAGGUCAGCAUGGAGCAGCGCUCUGAUUCGCCCGAGGAAGCGGCGCGUCGUCGUGAGGAGGAUGAUAGGAGAGCCAGGGAGCGUACGGAGGAGGAGGAGGCUCGCUGCCUGGAGAGGUUCCUGGAGGCCGAGCCCCUGGACAUUACGGAGCUCCACGCCUUCACUGACUCCAUGCUCCCCGGCUGCUUCCACCUGCUGGACGAGCUGCCAGACACAGUCUACCGCCUCUGUGACUUGCUCAUGACCGCCAUCAAGAGGAGUGGCCCCGAGUACAGGGACCUCAUCCUACGACAGGUCGUCAACCAGGUGUGGGAGGCAGCAGACGUGCUGAUCAAGGCAGCAGUACCCCUGACCACCAGCGACACCAAAACGGUGUCCGAGUGGACCAGACAGAUGGCCACCCUGCCCCAAGCCUCCAACCUGGCAACACGCAUCCUGCUGCUCACACUGCUCUUUGAGGAGUUGAAGCUGUCGUGUGCCAGGGUGGUGGAGAACAGUGGGAUCCUCAAUGUGCUCAUAAAGCUGCUGGAGGUGGUGCAGCCCUGUCUGCAGGCUGCCAAGGAGCAGAAGGACAUCCAGACACCCAAGUGGAUCACUCCAGUGUUGCUGAUCAUUGACUUCUACGAGAAAAUGGCCGUCUCAUCCAAACGCAGAGCGCAGAUGAACAAGUACCUGCAGCCCAAUGGUAAUAACUGGCGUUGGUUUGAUGACCGGUCCGGCCGCUGGUGCAGCUACUCUGCCUCUAACAACAGCACUAUAGACUCAGCCUGGAGGGCUGGAGAAAGCAGUGUCCGAUUCACUGCGGGACGCAGGCGAUACACCGUACAGUUCAACACCAUGGUCCAGGUGAAUGAGGAGACUGGUAACCGUCGUCCGGUGAUGCUCACGGUCCAGAGAGUGCCUCGCGUUCCUAAGCCGGCCAAGACGGGCAGCAUGACGGACUCUGAGAGAGAGGAGGGAGACAGGGGCAAGGCAGAGGAGACCCAGACAGACCCAGACUCUGCCCCAGUAGCCGUGGAGAUGAGUGCUCCAAAAGAGGACAAUGCUACCCCCCAACUAAAAGAGUCCUCGUCCGGUCCCUCUGCUCCCCCCGCUCCCCCUCCCACAGCCCCCCUGGACCCCACAUCGGAACGCACCGGGACAGGAGGAGCCAUCGUGGUGCAGGGCCUGACGGAGGAUAUGACCACAGUGCUCAUCAGAGCCUGUGUCUCCAUGAUCAGUGUCCCUGUGGACCCAGACACCCUCCACGCCACACUAAGGCUAUGCCUGCGCCUGACGAGGACCCACCAUUACGCCAUGAUGUUUGCUGAGCUGAAGAGUACCAGGAUGAUCCUGGGGCUGACGCAGGGGUCAGGGUUCAACGGCUUCACGCCCCUCGUCACCCUGCUGUUCAGACACAUCAUAGAGGACCCCGCCACGCUACGACACACCAUGGAGAAGGUGGUACGGUCAGCAGUGACCAGCGGGGCGGGCAGCACCACGUCAGGUGUGGUAUCAGGCUCCCUGGGCUCCAGAGAGAUCAACUACAUUCUGCGUGUUCUGGGCCCUGCCGCCUGCCGGAACCCGGACUGCUUCGCUGACACAGCCAACAGCUGCGUCCGCAUCGCCCUGCCCGCACCUCGCGGAGCUGGUACGGCCUCAGAUGAUGAGUUUGAGAAUCUGCGUAUCAAGGGGCCCAACGCGGUGCAGCUAGUCAAGACCACCCCCCUCAAAAUGUCUCCGCUGCCCCCCAUCCCUGACACCAUCAAAGAGGUCAUCUAUGACAUGCUAAAUGCCCUGGCCGCCUACCACGCCCCUGAAGAGGUCUCCCCUGUAGCGGAGCGUCCAGAGGAGCGUGCGGUGGCGGUGCCCGGGGGGCAGGACCUGUGUCAGAUCCUCCAGGAUGUGGGCGACGACGUUUACCAGCAGUACAGACUCACCAGACAGGGCAGUGACUUCGACUCGCAGUCCGCUUUCCAUAUCAACCCCCAGGUGUUUUCUGCAGAUGGAGCGGUAGCUGAUUCCUCUCAGUCUGGAACACCCCAGGGAGAAGGUGAGACCCUCCCUCCCUCCUCCUCACCUCCAGCCUCCACUGCCUCUACUCCAGAGGAGAUGCGUGAGGAGAAGAAGGAGGUGGAGGGGGAGAAGGGAGCCAGCUCAGAGGAGGGUAAGGGGGCCAAGGCUAAGGCCUCCAAGCCCCUGAUGCCCACCUCCACCAUCCUGCGUCUCCUGGCAGAGCUGGUCAGGUCCUACGUGGGCAUCGCCACCCUCAUAGCAUCCUACUGCUACACGGCCGGACAGUCUGAGCUCAUCAAGGAGGACUGCAGUGUAUUAGCCUUCGUGCUGGACCACCUGUUGCCCCACACACAGAGCUCUGAGGACAAGGACACCCCAGCCCUGGCACGCCUCUUCCUGGCCAGCCUGGCAGCCGCUGGCACAGGCACCGAUGCACAGGUGGCCCUGGUCAAUGAGGUGAAGGCCGCACUCAGCCGGGCGCUGGCCAUGGCAGAGGGCACGGAGAAACACGCCAGGCUCCAGGCGGUGAUGUGCAUCAUCAGCACCAUCAUGGAGUCGUGUCCGUCCACCUCUAGCUUCUACAGCACGUCAGCAGCCAAGACGCAGCACAACGGCAUGAACAACAUCAUACGCCUCUUCCUCAAGAAAGGACUGGUUAACGACCUGGCUAGAGUACCACACAGCCUCGAUCUGUCCAGUCCCAACAUGGCAAACACAGUGAAUGCAGCUCUGAAGCCCUUAGAGACUCUGUCCCGCAUCGUCAACCAGCCCAGCAGCCUGUUUGGAGGGAAGGGGGGAUCCAGCAAGAACAAGGCUGAGCACGACACUGUGGGAGCCGCCAGGGACUCCAAUAGCAACACACAAGGUACCACAGGUGACUCUGGUGAGGCUGAGGGGACUCUGGUGGAGGGCAGUCACAGGGUCCAGGGGACAGACAGUGACCUGAUGGACGGAGAGACGGAGGGAGACACGGCAGUCAUCGCUGGUCAGCCGGAGGUGCUCAGCACAACGGCCAUGCAGGUGGAGAACGAGCUGGUGGAUCUGAUAGACGAGCUGUUGGAGAGAGACGCUGGCGCCGUCAAUAGCUCCAUUAUCGUGGGACGUGGUGAGGAUGAAUCACAAGAGGACGUGUUGAUGGAUGAGGCGCCCUCCAAUAUCAGUCAGGCUUCUACUCUACAGGCCAACCGAGAAGAUUCUAUGAACAUCCUGGAGCCUGAGGAUGAGGAGCACACGCAGGAGGAGGACUCCAGUGGCAGCAACGAUGAAGAAGACAGCCAGGACGAAGAGGAGGAGGAAGAAGAGGAAGAGGAGGAGGAUCAGGACGAUGAAGAAGGAGAUGAGGAUGACGAUGAUGAAGGUUCGGAGAUGGAGCUGGAUGAAGAUUUCCCAGACAUCAACGCGGCACCACACAUUCGCUUCGAGAGGUUUGACCGCGACGAUGACCUCAUCAUAGAGUUUGACAACAUGUUCUCCACCACCGCUGACAUCCCUCCCUCCCCAGGCAACAUUCCCAGCUCUCACCCCCUGAUGGUGCGUCACGCUGACCACGGCUCCCUAACGCUGGGCGGAGCUGGCACCAACAACCGCCUGGCGCAGGGCAUGGGUCGUAGCCAGAGAACGCUACGCCAGCUCACCGCCAACACGGGCCACACGAUACACGUCCACUACCCCGGGAACAGACAGCCCAACCCUCCACUCAUCCUGCAGAGACUGCUAGGUCCCAGUGCUGCAGCAGACAUCCUGCAGCUGUCCAGCUCUCUGCCCCUGCAGUCCCGCGGCCGCGCACGUCUCCUGGUGGGCAACGAGGACGUGCACAUCAUCGCCCGCUCCGACGACGAGCUGCUCGACGACUUCUUCCACGAGCAGAGCAGCACCGGAGGACAAGCAGGCACUCUGUCCAGUAUCCCCACUGCCUUAACCCGAUGGACUGAUGAGUGUAAAGUACUGGACGCUGAGAGCAUGCACGACUGUGUAGCAGUGGUGAAGGUUCCUAUCCUGCAACACUUGGAGACCCUGAGAGAUGAGGAGCUGGAGGAGAGGAGGGAGAAGAAAAGACGCCAGCUGGCGGAGGAGGAGGAGGCUAAGCAGAACGACAGAAGGACAGGAGGAGAGGAAGCCAGGGAGCAGAGUCUACAGGGCUCGGGACUGGGGACGGUCAAUGGUGCGGCUGGAGAGACCACUGCUGAAGGUGAGGCACAGGGCAGUGGUGUGUCGUGUCUGGACCCCCCUCGGGUCUCGGAUGGUUUCCUCACCGCUCCCCCCUCAGGAGAGGUCACCCCCACAACCCCCGCCCCCCACGAACAGGCCCUGGUUUCCCUAGAGACUGCCAUCAGCCAGCAGGUCCACCAGCCAAUCGCAGACCUGCUCCUGGCCGAGUCGCAUGCCAAUUCACUGGCCGCCCUGGCAGGGGCCGGUCUUCCUGCCCUUGCGGCGGCAUCCGAUGGGCCGACCUGCGAAGUGGAGGCGUCACAGAUGGAAAUGUCCCCGGUGCCCACUAUCGGUGAGAGAGGAGGAGUGAUGGAUGGAGGCAGGGAAGCCUCCCUGAGUCCAGACAUCGUGGAAACCGCUGAGCCUGCAGCGGUGGGCUUGUCACUACUGGAAGGGUCUCCCAUGGAUACCAGUAGCCCCAUUUCUGCCACGCAGGAAGAGCCUGUCCCCAACCCCACCCAGGCUGUCCAUCUGCCACAGGAGCUGUCAGGGAGUGGAGACGGCGGGCUGACGGCCAGGCAGACAGACGGGGAGUCAGGCUCCACCUCUGUCUCCUCCCCUGGAGAGACCAUGCCCCGGAGUGACAGCGCAGACAGCCAAUCCCAGGCCAUCCAGGAAGAGCCCUUCCCAUCCACCAGCAAUGAGGAUGAGGACCCACUGGCAGGCAUCAGUCUACCAGAGGGUGUAGACCCAUCCUUCCUGGCAGCUCUUCCAGAGGAUAUCCGUCGCGAGGUGCUCCAGAACCAGCUGGGUAUCCGACCCCCAGCACGCCCCCCUGCCGCCGCCACCCUCCCCUCCACCACUGCCCCCGUACUGGGAGGAGGACCCGGCGUCACAGAAGUCAGCCCUGAGUUCCUGGCUGCCCUGCCACCCGCCAUACAGGAGGAGGUCCUGGCCCAACAACGUGCUGAACAGCAGCGUAGAGAGCUGUCCCAGCAGCCCACGCAAGGUGACACUCCCCUGGACCCCGUCACCUUCAUCCAGACCCUCCCCUCGGAGCUGCGGCGCUCCGUCCUAGAAGACAUGGAGGACAGCGUGCUGGCUGUCAUGCCCCCGGACAUCGCCGCCGAGGCAGCCGCGCUGCGCCGGGAGCAGGAGGUGAGUGCUCGUCAGAGACAGCUGAUGCACGAGAGGCUGUUCGGCCAUAGUUCCAGCUCGGCCCUGUCGGCCAUUUUGAGGUCACCUGCGUUUACCAGCCGCCUUGGGGGCAACCGAGGGGUACAGUACACCCGCCUUGCCGUGCAGAGAGGCGGGACCUUCCAAAUGGGAGGAGGGGCCAACCAGAGCAGACCGUCCAGUUCCAGUGUGGACUCUCUGCUGCGUCUGCGGGGUCGUCUGCUCCUGGACCACGAGGCAUUGUCCUGUCUCCUAGUCCUCCUCUUCGUAGACGAACCCAAACUCAACACCAGCCGUCUGCACCGCGUGCUCCGCAACCUGUGCUACCACUCCCAGACGCGUGGCUGGGUCAUCCGCAGUCUCCUCUCCAUCCUGCAGCGCAGCAGCGAGAGUGAGGUUUGUGUCGAGACCACCCGGCUGGAAGACGCCAGAGGCAAGCGGACUGCCGGCGGUCAGGGAGGUUACGGAGGGAGUAAAGGGUCUACGACCGCAGCAACCGCUUCCGCCUCCCUCUCUUCCUCCUCUCUGGAGCUUCUCAACCGAGUAGAGUCUCGUAGCUCCUCCCAGCUCUCUUGGCUGUCCGUUUCCAUGGACGCGGCGCUAGGAUGCCGUACAAACAUUUUCCAGAUCCAGCGGGCGUCGGGACGGAAGCAUGCCGACCGGCACUCUGCGGGGGGGACAUCAGGAGGGCCCGGGGGGACCCUGGGAGGAGGGGUACAGGGGGGUGCGGCGGGGAUGACGUGUGCAGGGGGAGGAGGGUCGACCGUACACAUCCACCCCCAGGCCGCCCCUGUGGUCUGUCGGCACGUACUGGAUACUCUUAUCCAACUGGCCAAGGUGUUCCCCAGUCACUUCACCCAGCAGCGCUGUAAGGACCUGCUCUCCUCCUCCACAUCUGAACUAGACUCCCGUCUGUGUGCUGCUGCCUCGAUCGUCACCGGAACAGCAGGAGGAGGCUCUAGAUCCACCCAGACCUCCUCCAACACCCCCUCCUCAGCCCAGAACUCCCUGGGUGGGGGCGCCUGUGGCGCGGCCAUCACCCCCCAGUCCCUUGGCAUCUCUACCGACUUCUGGGACCUGCUGGUGAAGCUGGACAACAUGAAUGUGUCGAGGAAAGGCAAGGCCUCCAUGAAGACUCUUCCCCUGGGGGCGGGAGGGGAGGCAGAUGGGGCUCAGUUCAGCCUAGAGGCUUCUCCUCUGGGCCAGCUGAUGAAUAUGCUGUCCCACCCAGUGAUACGACGCUCCUCCCUGCUAACCGAGAAGCUACUGCGUCUCCUCUCCCUCAUCUCCAUCGCCCUGCCCGAUAAUAAGGCUACGGAAGUCCCCGCCGGACACCCAACACCGCAGACCACCACCGUCGGUGCAGCCGCCGCCGCUCCAGGCUCUGUCUCCGCCUCUGCUCAGGGGAACACUGUAGGGGUGGUCUCAGGCGUCGGGGUGGUGUCGGGGGCCUCGGUGGUGGCUGCAGCGCAGGGCUCGUCCUCAGGGACAGGCCAGACCUCUACCGCUAUAGUCUCUAUACCCACCACUACUGGAGCCAGCGCCACAGGGAAGCAUAGAGCGACCGUGCUCUGUGUUGAAAGUGACACCAAGCUGGCCUCCACUGGACUCACUGAGAAACAACUACAGCUCUCUGUCGAGGUGCUGACCAGUCACUCGUGUUCAGAGGAGGGUCUGGAGGAUGCAGCCAACAUCCUGCUCCAGCUGUCCAGAGGAGAUGGAACCACCAGAGACACUGUGCUCCGUCUGCUGCUGAGUGGGGCUAGACACCUGGGAUACACACUCUGCAAACAGAUUGGCACAUUAUUGGCUGAGCUGCGUGAGUACAACCUGGAGCAGCAGAGGAGAGCCCGGGCCGACGCCCAGUCACCUGAUGCCCCGGCCGAGGACACCUCCCUCUCUGCCAGGCUGAAGGCCGGCAAGCUCUCUAGCAGGCGGGGGCGCAGGUUCGACGGCUCGGAGAGCGUGGUGAUCGUGGCAGCCCAGAAGCGGACGCUGGGCGGGCGGGAGCUGCAGCUGCCCUGCAUGUCCUCCCUGACCUCGAAGACAUCCACCCAGAAGUUCUUCCUGCGGGUUCUGCAGGUCAUCAUCCAACUCCGAGAGGACACGCGCCGCGCCAACAAGAAGGCCAAGCAGACCGGACGACUAGGCUCCACCAGUCUGGGCUCUGCCAGCAGUAUCCAGGCAGCGGUACGUCAGCUUGAAGCCGAGGCUGACGCCAUCAUCCAGAUGGUGAGAGAGGGGCAGCGGGCACGCCGCCUCCAGCAGGCACCCCCGCCUUCCGCCUCUGUCGCCGGAUCCUCCGUGGCUGCCUCCCAUGCCCCCGCCGCUGCCCCCCCUGCCCCCGGCACGGCGAGCGCUGCAACGUCGGAGGUAGGGUCAGUGUCGGAGCCCCAGGCAGCCCAGAGGGAUGAGUCUCCCAUGGAUGUAGACCAGCCGUCCCCUCUGGAGCAGGACCUUGCACCCCUGGAUGAAGAAGGCAACGGCCAAUCCGAGACAGAGGAGCGUCUCCCAGACCUCCCCCUGCUAAGCGAGCAGCUUCUGUUAGACGAGCUGUGGGACAUGCUCGGGGAGUGCCUGAAGGAACUGGAGGAGUCACAUGAUCAGCACGCCGUUCUGGUUCUUCAGCCGGCAGUGGAGGCCUUCUUCCUGGUCCACGCCACAGAGAGGGAGAGCAAGCCCCCCGUCAGGGACACCAGGGAGAGCCAAUUGUCCCAUAUCAAAGAUGAGCCUCCCCCCCUGUCCCCUGCGCCCCUCACCCCCGCUACCCCCUCUUCUCUGGACCCCUUCUUCUCAAGGGAACCCUCCUCCAUGCACAUUUCCUCCAACCUGCCUCCCGACACACAGAAGUUCCUCCGCUUUGCAGAGACUCACCGCACCGUGCUUAACCAGAUUCUGCGUCAGUCCACCACCCACCUGGCCGACGGACCCUUCGCUGUGCUGGUCGAUUACAUCCGUAUCCUCGACUUUGACGUCAAGCGGAAAUACUUCCGUCAGGAGCUGGAGCGUCUGGACGAGGGUCUGAGGAAGGAGGACAUGGCUGUCCACGUCAGGAGGGACCACGUCUUUGAAGACUCUUACAGAGAGCUGCACCGCAAGAGCCCCGAGGACAUGAAGAACAGACUGUACAUAGUGUUUGAAGGAGAGGAGGGUCAGGAUGCCGGAGGUCUGCUGAGAGAGUGGUACAUGAUCAUCUCCAGGGAGAUGUUUAACGCCAUGUACGCCCUGUUCCGCACCUCACCCGGCGACAGGGUCACCUACACCAUUAACCCCUCGUCCCACUGCAACCCAAACCACCUCAGCUACUUCAAGUUCGUAGGUCGCGUGGUGGCCAAGGCCGUCUACGACAACCGACUACUGGAGUGCUACUUCACACGCAGCUUCUACAAGCACAUCCUGGGCAAGAGUGUCAGGUACACAGACAUGGAGAGUGAGGACUACCCAUUCUUCCAGGGCCUUGUCUACCUGCUGGAGAAUGAUGUCUCCACUCUGGGCUAUGAGCUGACGUUUAGCACUGAGGUCCAGGAGUUUGGUGUGUGUGAGGUGCGGGACCUGAAGCCUAACGGAGGCAACAUCAUUGUCACCGAGGAGAACAAAAAGGAGUACGUCCACCUAGUCUGUCAGAUGAAGAUGACUGGUGCGAUCCGUAAGCAGCUGUCAGCCUAUCUGGAGGGUUUCUACGAGAUCAUCCCCAAGAGGCUGAUCUCCAUCUUCACAGAGCAGGAGCUGGAGCUGCUCAUAUCUGGCCUGCCCACUAUAGAUAUAGACGACCUCAAGGCCAACACCGAGUACCACAAGUACCAGUCCAGCUCCAUACAGAUCCAGUGGUUCUGGCGGGCCCUGCGUUCCUUCGACCAGGCGGACAGAGCCAAGUUCCUGCAGUUCGUGACGGGCACGUCCAAGGUUCCUCUGCAGGGCUUCGCCGCGCUGGAGGGCAUGAACGGAAUACAGAAGUUCCAGAUCCACCGCGACGACCGCUCCACCGACCGCCUACCGUCAGCUCACACCUGCUUUAACCAGCUGGACCUCCCAGCCUACGAGAGCUACGAGAAACUGAGACACAUGCUGCUGCUGGCCAUUCAGGAAUGCUCAGAGGGAUUCGGACUGGCUUAGACCUACCCACACUGAGACUCUUAACAUAUACACACAAUUUAUCUUGCCUACUCUGAAAGAUUGAAACUGAUGACACACAGACGCACCAUCAUUGACAUUACUGGGUGACUUGUUGGGAAAAUGGCCUCUAGACAUACAACUGGUUCCUAAUCCAUAUAAAGAAACAGACCGACCAGCAGCGUGGUAUGAUGGACUGACUGACUGAUAUUACUUACUACACACAGAGAUUCAUGUCAAUAGACACACAGACCUGUACCUGGUCUGUGUGAAUCUCCCUCCCCUCCCACAUUAAAAUGCCAGAAACCUGAGAGGGAGUGAAUUCAGAGGAUAAAAACAUGGACUAAUAUAAAAUACAUUUUCUCUGUUUAGUUUGAUUUCUCUGUACAAAAGGUUUGGGAGUUUAUGUUUAAUCUUUUUUGUUCUUCUCUGGCUGUGUAAAAAGGAGAAGGUUGUUUGUGUGUCUGAACAGGAUGGUUAUAAAACCUUUGGGGGAAAAUGUUGGUUGUUUCUUGUUUGCGAAUUUGUGACCUCAUAAGCCUUGAAGAUGGGGGAAAUGUUUUUAUGGGGAAAGAAGGAGAAAAAAAGAAGUUUUGAAGAAAUGCACUUUUCAAAGUUGUGGCAUUUUUAUGGAAGGAUGGUCCAAAAAAAAUGAAGAGAACAAGUGAAGAAAGCAGAUGAUAAAGAAAUUAACCACAAAAUCUAGAGUAUUUUUGGCUAUUAAAUCGCUGACCCAGCCUUGAGCCUUUGAAUCAGUGAAAUAACUACAUGAAUAAAUGCAUAAAAUUGA